AAAGGGUGUUUUCCUCCUUUCUAACCCAUAGUUAAUCUGUCUCCAACAUUUUUCUGAAAUAUGAAUGUGUUAAAUGGGGGAGGUAAGAAUUGGGUAUAUUAGAGAGGUAUUGUGAAUUGUAAUAAGAUUUUCCCAUCAAAGGAGAUGAUAUGUAGGAAGUAUAUAGAGGAUGUCUGUACAAAAUGUGCCAUUCCAUCCAGCAGGUGUUGAGAUAUUUCACAAGGUAAGUGAAAUGUUUGACCUGCUGGUGGCGCUAGAGGAAUAGUCAGGGGAUUACCAAAAUCGUUAAGGUUCAUACUCUGGGGAUCAUGAAUGUCUGCACAAAAAUCCAUGGCAAUCCAUCAAAGAGAUGUUGAGAUAUUUUAGGGCCAAAGUGAUGGAGUGACAAACAUCGCCAUUCCUAGAAUUGAUGCCGCUGGUAUGGAUAAAAACAAUGCACUGUGACGACAAGCUGAUCUGAGGCGUGUCUGAAGAACCGAAGGUCUCUUAAAAAUAGUCCAAAGCAUGAAAUUUAGCUACACCGUAGUGGCACUCACGCCACAACAAAUAGUUUAUCAAAACCUCUUUUCAACAGCGUUCAGAGCUCAUGGAGAGAUCGUCCAAAGUCAGCCGAUUGGUCCAACAGGAGAAUCCUGGAAAACAGAAGGAGGCGAAUGACAAGACCCAGGAUGGGAAACUACAGGUGAAGCAGGAAACCACAGAUGGAGCACUAACAGACCAAAACGUGAUGGCCGGGGAGGCUUUGGACCGGAGGAACAUCUGGGAGCCGAGUGUUUACUACGCGCUGGGAAAGGAGUCUUUUUAUUUUGCUGGUCAUGACAUCAGCAUCCGCGAGUCCAUAGAUACUUAUGGUGCUCUGAUCUGGCCUGGGGCCGUAGCUUUGUGCCAGUUUUUGGAGAAUAACCAGCAGCAAGUGAAGCUGAUGGACAAAGCCGUGCUGGAGAUUGGAGCUGGGACUGGUUUACUCUCCAUAGUGGCAAGUCUGCUCGGGGCUUGGGUGACAGCUACUGACCUGCCAGACAUCUUGUCUAAUCUGACCUUUAACCUUCUGCGAAACACCAAGGGCCGCUCCCGCUACACUCCUCAGGUGGCCGCCCUAUCCUGGGGUCAGGACCUGGAGCGAGACUUUCCCUACCCGUCCUACCACUACGACUACGUGCUCGCAGCUGAUGUAGUCUAUCACCACGACUGUCUCGAGGAACUGCUGAGAACCAUGCGUCACUUUUGCCGACCAGGAAGUCAAACGACUCUGUUGUGGGCCAACAAGAUCCGGUUCCAGUCAGACCUGAAGUUCACAGAGCGCUUUAAGAGCAGCUUUAACACCGCGCUGCUCACUGAGCUCCCCCAGCAGGACGUGAGGAUAUACAAGGCCACAGCAAAGGAGUGACAGAGGAGCUUCAGGAGGGGAGGGGAUUGGGGGGGGGUUCUGAAAAAUUGAAGGUUUUGAAGAUGUGAGAGAAGAGUUGAAGACAUUUAACAUUCAAGAAAACAAGAAAUUCCUCGUCCUUUCACCAAUUCAAAUCAAUAUAGAGAAAGUCUGGUUUUGAUCUGUGUUUACACGACAUUCCUGGACAGUGCUGAUAAAUGUUGUCACGCAGAAAGCAGAAAUGAAGUGCCUCACUCAAAUUUCCACUUUAAUAAGCUAUUUUAUUUGCCAGUACUUUAUCAUACAUUUAUUUCUGACUUUAUUCAACUUUUGUUCAACAAUUUGUUUUUAAAAAUAAA